AAAAAUAUCCUUUUUCCCUCCUCCUCUAUUUGACUCUGCCACCUCCGUCUCUCAACCACGACGUCGUCGUCUUCCGCUUUCUCUUCAGCUUGGUAAACUCAGAAACUUAACUCACGCGUGUUCUCAAAAGCAGAAAAUGACCGUGAUAGAUUUGAUCACCAGAGUCGAUGCGAUUUGCAAGAAAUAUGAAAAAUACGAUGUUGAUAAGCAGAAAGACAACAACGUAGCCGGCGAUGACGCUUUCGCUCGCUUAUACGGCGUUGUAGAGGCCGACCUCGAUUCUGCUCUUCAGAAAUCGGAGGCGGUUGCAACGGAAAAGAAUCGGGCGACAGCAGUAGCCAUGAACGCGGAGAUUCGAAGAACGAAAGCUAAAUUGCUUGAAGAAUUCCCGAAGUUACAGAGACUUGCUUUUAAAAAGGUCAAAGGGCUUCCAAAGGAAGAGCUUGAGGCUAGAAGUGAUUUAGUUGCUUCACUCAAAGAUAGGAUUGAAGCCAUACCUGAUGGAUCAACAACUGCGGCUAAACAAAGUGACGGUGGGGCAACUUCGGCCUCGUAUACAGGAAUCAAAAUUGACUCAUAUUCAGAAGGGAAAUUUGAUAAUGAGUAUUUUCAAGAAACCGAAGUGUCGAACCAGUUCAGAAGAGAGUAUGAAAUGCGAAGGGUGAAACAGGAUCAAGGUUUAGAAGUUAUAGCAGAAGGAUUGGACACGUUGAAAAACAUGGCCCAUGACAUGAAUGAGGAAUUGGAUAGACAAGUGCCUAUGAUGGAUGAAAUAGAUGAAAAGGUUGACAGGGCCACCUCUGACCUGAAAAGUACUAAUGUGAGGCUCAAGGACACUGUAAACCAGCUUAGGUCCAGCCGCAACUUCUGCAUUGAUAUCAUCCUCUUGUGUAUUAUCUUAGGCAUUGCUGCCUAUUUGUACAAUGUCUUGAAGUGAAAUUGGCGUUGAAGCUACAACUUCCACGACUUAUCUUCUUUUCCAUGGCUUUAGCUUCUGUCUGCAUUGACAUGUUCACACAUGUAUUGUGGUGCAUUGUGUCUCCCUGGCUUGAGAAUUUUUAAUGUUUAAUGUUUAUAUUUUUGACACCUAACAGAAGUUGAGCAUGUGUUUGUUGUUAAUUUUUAGUUUGGGGUGUUUUAUGGGAGCUUUUUCUUGUUUUAUAUAAGCACUAAAAUUUCAGGGCUAUGACCACCCAUUUGUUUUA